GAGGCACGACCGAAUUCGUGACCACGAGCUGGGCCCCCUCUUGCCGAAGCGAUGGUGGACACAUUUAGGAGUCCAACUGAAGGCCCGAGAAGAGACCUUUGGACCACUCCCGGCAGAUGCUUGGAUUUCGCUUCGCCUCGAUGGCUGCUGCUGGGGCACAGUAAUGUCUCGUCUCAAGAGCUCUGGCAUUCUGGAGCAGGGCUUUCGGAACGAGAUUGCUGAAGCCAUGAUCACAUCCUGCCGGGCUGUCAUGUGCGAGUUUGAUGGCAUUCUGGGCUACACGCACAGUGACGAGAUGACAAUUAUCGUACCACCGGGAAGCCGAGUGUGCGACGGCUCCGUGUCCUGGUGGGUGAGCACUGCCGCAAGCGUAGCCAGCGCUGCAUGCAACCGCUCUCUGGCGAAGCUGGCAGCUGCACGAGGCCUGGAACUUCCGGAGAUCGUCAUGGCACACUUUGACUGUCGCGUGGGUGUCUUCGACUCCGCACGGCAAGCCGAAGGAUUGGUGCUUUGGCGAGCUGCGGAUUGCAAUGUCAACUCUGCGUCGGAUGCCAUAAAGUUCUCAGACGCACCUUUUGCGGUUCGCGAGUACAACACCAUCCAGAAGCUGUGUUACCUUCAAGAGCGCGCUGGGCUGCCCAUGCAGAGACAUCAGGCCUAUGGCUCUCUCAUUGGACGGAUCGCCCUGGAAGGCCAAGAUGUGCUGGUGCUCCUCAACAGUGGGUGUCACUCCUUGCCCAAGCACAUCCACAACCUCGCUCGACUUGGUACGCUGGUUCCCAGCCAUUCAGGUCACAAGCUUCGCGGGCCUGCGAAGAGGCUUCGGACAUUGAGAAGAUGGUGGGCAGGGCUCAAAAGAGGCCUUGGGCUGGUUUCAGGUCCCAUAUCGGAGCAGGCUUCCAAGUUUGGCUUGCUGGACUUUGUGGUUUGGCCUUGCAGCGCUCCUCAAUGUGUUAAGGGCAUCUUCUUGUGUGCUCAAGAGCUGGCUUUCGGCCCUCAGGCGUUGAAAUGA